AUGCGGUGUGAGGCGCUGGAGCUGCGCGACGGCGACAAGGGCCGGCUGCUGGGGAAGGGCGUGCUGAAGGCGGUGGAGAACGUGAACUCCUUGAUCGCCCCGAAGCUGCUGGGCAUGGACGUGCGGGACCAGAAGAAGAUCGACGAGGUGAUGGUGCAGCAGCUGGACGGGUCCAAGAACGAGUGGGGCUGGUCCAAGGCCAAGCUGGGCGCCAACGCCAUCCUGGCGGUCUCCAUGGCGGUGUGCCGCGCCGGCGCCGCCGCUAGUCAGAUGCCGUUGUACCAGUACAUCGCGAAGAUCUCGGGCAAGCCCACCGACAAGCCGCUCGCAACCACUAGGGCUUGGCUCACUCGUGUUUGCGGAGACGUAAACCCUGGGCAAAGCGCGCGAGCAGCCGCCAUGGACGCUUUUCUGGUGAGCCUGGGUCUGGACCCGGAGGAGGAGUUGAUUUUCAAGAUCUGGGAGGAGCAGCUCGAGGCCCCAGCAGCCGCCGGCCUGGACAUACGAGGCGAGCCGCCGCGGGCGCUCCAAGCGCCGCCGCCGCCGCGCCGUCCUUCGGCCCGGGGCCGCGCCAAGGGCCGGGGGAAGGGCGCGCCGGGCGCGAGGGGCGCGAAGGAGGCAGAGGACCGGCAUUGGCUGGAGGCGCUGGACGUGCUGCGGUCCCUCCGCAGAGAGGAGCUGCAGCCGAACGGCUCCGCAGUGGGCUCCUGUGUGGCCGCCUGCGGCGCCUGCGGCGCGUGGCAGGCCGCCGCGGCGCUGCGGGAGGAGGCGGCCCCCAAUGUGAUCACCAGCACUGCGGCAGUCCAGGCCUGUGCCAAAGCGUCGGCGUGGAAGGAGGCGGUGGGAGUCUUCGCGAGCUUUCGGGCGGCCUCCCUGGAGGCCAACGUGCGGAGCUUCACCGCGGCCGCGGGCGGCUGCCAGCUGCGCUGGGCCCGGGCGCUCCACGUCUUCGGCGCCGCCCGGCGCCGGGGGCUCCAGGCGGACGCGCGCCUGGCGGCGGCGGCAGCGCGGGGCGUGUUGAAGGGGUACUGGCCCCGCGCCUUUAGCCUCCUGGUGCGCAGCGGCGAAGGUCAACGAUCCGUGGCUGCCUGGAACGCGGUGCUGCCGAUGUGCCUCUGGCAGCGCUCCGCGCGGCUCUUGGCGAUGCUGGGCACCUUAGGCCUGCAAGGGGACGCCUUCUCCUUCUCGAGCUGCAUUGCAGCCUGCGAGUGGAAGGACCAGCCACGCUGGCGCCAGGGCCUGUGGUUCCUAGCGCAGGCGCAGCGGUGCGGCUGCGGUUCGGACGGCGUGGUGCGGGCGGCAGCGGUGCAGGUGUGCAGGAGGUGGAGCUGGCGCGUGGCGGGGCAGCUCCUCGCUCAGAGCCUCGAAAGGUCCGGCGCCGGUGACGCCCUUCGCGCGGCCUUCCCCAGAAAAGCGGACGACGACGACGAGCAGAGUUGGGUGCGGGCGCUAUCGCUGCUGGACCUCCAGCGCAAGGAGUUGGCUCAGGACCUGGCCGGCUUCAACCGGGCCAUCAGCGCCUGCGGCGGGGCCCAGUGGGAGAGGGCCUGGCACCUCUUCUGGGAGCUCCAAGACUGCGGCUGCCAGGCGGACGCCUACUCCUUCACUUCCACCAUCAGCGCUUGCGGGGAGGGCGGGCAGUGGCGCUUGGCCCUCUGGCUCUUCGAUCGCUGUCCGGGCGGUCCGGGCGAAUGGGCCCCUGCCUUCCAUGCGGCGCUCAGCGCGUGUGAGAAGGCGGCCCAGUGGCCCCAGGCUCUCGCGCGGCUCAGAGCCUCCGAUGCGGCGGCGACGGAGCUCCCGGCGCUGUGCGCGGCGCUGGGGGCGCUGCUGCGGGCGGAGGAGCUGACGCGGGCGAAGGCGCUGCUGGACGCGGAGUGGCAGAGCAAGGGCCUGGCCUCCGCGAGGACCGGGUGGACCUUGGCGGCACGGAAUGACCAGCUGCUGGGGGCAGCGCUGGUGGCAUGCGAGAAGACCGGCGACUGGCGGCAGGUGUUUUUGGGCCUCGCCUUCCUGUCGCUGAUCUUUGAGCGGCGCCAGGGCCUGGGGCCUUGGACUUUGAAAGCCUCGGGCACCUUGGGCUGGGACCGGCACCUGGCGGGGCUGGGCUGGUCGGCGGUGGCCAUCGUGGGGCGCCCGGCCGCCUCGGCGCUGCGCAAGGAGAUCGCUACCAAGCGGGCGGGGGCGGCGGUGUCCCACGCCGAACAGGUGGGGAUGACCUCCCUGGUGCAGGGCGCCGUGGCGGCGGGCUUGUUGCUCUGGAGCGGCGGCUUCCGGUGUCUGGACCUCCCGCGGGGCUUCUGGAUCUGCUUGGGGGUCUCCGCCGCGCUGAACGCCGUGAUCAAGACCUCCGAGACCCACGCCUACAAGAUCGGGGAGAUGUCUCUGUGCGCGCCCUUCCUCGCCUUUGACCCGGUGAUCCAGCUCUUGGUGGGCACCUUGCUGCCGGUGCUCUGGGGCGGUCCGCCGGCCGCCUUCUCGCCCCGCAAGGCCUCCGCGGUGUGCUGCAUCGCCGCGGGGAUGCUGGCGCUGGCCAAGACUCAGCAGAAAGCCGCGGGGAGGACAGGGAGGCUGCCGGCGGGCGCCGUUUUCGUGCUGCUGAACUGCUUCCUCUACUCCGCCACCUACCGCUUGGACGCCUGCGCCGUCAACUUGGCCAGCGGCGCCUUGUUGCUGGCCUACAGCCGCCUGGUGAUGGCGGCUCUGUGCUUCGGCGCGCAAGCGGCGAGCUCCGCCCGUCGCGAGGCCGAGUCGGGGCUCUGGGAGCCGCGGACGCUGGCGCUGCUGCUCUUCGUGUGCCUCGUGGAUGGCUUGUACAUGCUGAGCAUGUACAAGGCGGUGUCGCUGAUCUCGCCGGAGCUGGUGGCAGCGGUGAAGCGGGGCGGCGGCAUCGUGGUGAGCGCCCUCUUCGGGGCGAUCUUCUUCCAUGAGCGCCUGGAGGGUCGGAAGCGGCUGCUGGCGGUGGUGGCGCUCGGGGUGGUGGUGCUCUGCCUCUGA